AGAAGACUGCCGCUUCCGCGUCCGCGCAGCACAGACACAACAGUAGGGCAAAAUGGACGAUAAGUUAAUAUUGUCUGUAUUUAAUUACCCAGAGCUGUACAAUGUCACUUUGCCGAAUUACCGCUGCACUGAAAGUCGGGCAAAUGCUUGGAGAAACAUCAGUAUCGCACUGGGUCUCCCAUCUGAUGAGUGUAAAAGAAAAUGGAAGAACAUGAGAGACAGGUACUUGAAGGAAGUACGAAUGGAGAUCAAAAGCAAGAAGCAAGGAGAGAUUGUGCAAAGUAGAUGGAAAUACAGACAACUUAUGAAUUUUAUUGCACCCUUCACUGGAUCAAGAAGUGGAGUGGCCGACAUCUGCGGCAACAACGACGACGACCACGACAAUCCUGACAACGAGUCUUGCAGCGCGGAGGGAGAAAGCGCUUCCUCUGACGCAGUCAAGACGCCGCAGUCCAUCAUGAAGGUCCCUGUGAGUCAACCUGACCUCAAGCCCCAGGUAGCGUUCAUGACUCAGCUUCCUUCGGUGUCUCAAGACGCACAGAUGGCCCAGCUGGCUGUUCUGGCUAAGAUGCCGUCAGGCCAGCAGAUCACGCCGAGCACCAAAACUGGAAGGAAACGGCGCCUGAUGCAAGAGGCACUUUCACUGCCUUCUUCUCAAAGUACAACAUCCCCAACAAAAUGGCUAGUCAAAGACAAUGGCACCUCGUUUCCCAACAGGCCGCGGGAUGAGGAUGAACUGUUUCUACUGAGCUUUGUCCCUGCUCUGAAGCGACUCGCUCCACAGAAAAGGUGCGAGACAAAAAUAAAGAUCCAGCAGAUUAUGUAUGAAGCAGAGUUCAACGUCGCACAGUCAGAAUCUCAAGAGAAACAGCCGGAGCCAGAAACGCAGGACUAGACCAAACUGACUGCUUUUGUACUUUACUUUUGUUUUCUAAAAAUCCACAAAAUGACCAAAAUAUAUAUUUUUACAGCACAGAA